AUUCAUGAAUACCUCGGUAAAGGAGCGCGGUUCCUGAAGUAAAAUAGGAGCAGAGGGCGCUUCAUCCAGUGUCUGCCUACCCAAUAAAUAUCCUGCAGAUUGCAGAGGGAAACGGCGCGUAUUUGAUUGAUUUCUCCUGUCUGAUCGACGAUUUGUAAGGCUUUUGGAGUGUAAUCUCGGUGUGGCUCCGCCAGCCGUUUAGGAUCUUGCAAACAAACGUUAACUCAAGAAGCGCGCUAUCUGUUAGCUGCGAUGUCGGGUGUUGUGCGAGGCCCUGCUGGAAACAACGACUGCCGAAUUUAUGUGGGAAACCUUCCUCCUGACAUUCGCACAAAGGACGUCGAAGAUGUGUUCUACAAAUACGGGACAAUUCGAGAUAUCGACCUGAAGAACCGGAGAGGGGGGCCGCCUUUCGCCUUCAUUGAAUUCGAAGACCCCAGAGACGCCGAUGAUGCAGUCUAUGGGCGUGAUGGUUAUGACUACGACGGCUAUAGACUGCGUGUGGAGUUUCCUCGGAGCGGCAGGGGCUCAAGAGGCGGCUUCGGUGGGAUCGGUGGAGCUCCCAGAGGCAGAUAUGGGCCCCCGUCCAGGCGCUCCGAGUACAGGGUCAUUGUUUCGGGACUUCCUCAGAGCGGCAGCUGGCAAGACCUGAAGGACCACAUGCGUGAAGCAGGCGACGUGUGCUACGCUGAUGUUUUCAGAGAUGGAACCGGAGUUGUAGAAUUUGUGCGCAAAGAAGACAUGACCUAUGCUGUUCGAAAGCUGGACAACACCAAAUUCCGCUCACAUGAGGGUGAGACUGCUUACAUUCGUGUGAAAUUAGACGGUCCCCGCAGCCCAAGUUACGGAAGAUCACGCUCCCGAAGCCGUGGCAGCCGGAGCAGGAGCCGCAGUCGGAGCGCCAGCCGCAGCCGCAGCAAUUCCCGUGGUCGUGGCAGAGGAUCGCCCCGCUACUCGCCUCGUCACAGCCGCUCUCGCUCCCGUUCCUAAACCUUUCUACCACCGAUGUUUUGCCCUUUUGAUGUAUACCCUCCUGUUUUUACCUCUUAUGAGUUUCUCCAGAUGUCAGCAAUUGAUUUUUAAUUUUCGCAUUUCAUGUCCCGAUGUCCUUGUGGAUGAUCUUGGUAUGUAGAUGUACCCCUCUCCCCUCCUUCACCCUUUUCCCCCACCCUCUCCACUGCUUUGCCCUUUUUUUUUGUUGUUUUCUCCCUCUCUCUCCUUCUUUCUGUCCUCUCAAUUUUUGCAACAAUAGAAAUUGUGCCGUGUCGAACUUCAAAAAUGUUGAGUUGUUAUAACCUGCACUCAAUGUUUUUGAAAGUGUGGGAAAAUUGAGUUUUGUUUUUGUUUUGUUUUUUUCGUUUUUUAAAAGCUUCUCUCAUUGGUUAUGUGGGUGGGCUGUUUGGACGGGUAGCCCGAUGCUUAACUGUAUUUUACCCUUGUGUCUUCCUUUAGACAUCUGAAGCGAAGGAUUAAAGUGAUUUGGAAUAAAACCA